UGCGCAGUGAGGACAUUACCGGGGUUUCCAGCAGGUGACAGAGGUGUCUCUAGUUAUACAACAGUUUUUCGCUUGUUUUCCGUCUAUAAAGUCGCGUGUUUCGCUCUGCUUAUAGAGCAAUGAAUCCCGAUAUUAUACGAGAACGCCAAAAUGCGGCGUUUGACGUCGAAAAAUUGACGUAUAUUUUGGACGGAGGCCCGGAGAAGACCAAAAGAAGACGAGAAAUUGAGUCGCUGGUUUUCAGUGAUCCAGACUUCAACGAGGAGGACCCAAACUUCUUGUCCCGCAGUGAACGCUAUGACCAGGCCGUUCGAAAGAGCGCUCAGAUGAUCCUAAAACUCCGCGAGUAUGGCAUCGCAGACCCGGAGGAGAUCUACUACUACAAGAGAAUGGCGAUAGGCAACCAACACGAAGCUUUCGGGCUGCACUUUACCAUGUUCAUCCCAAGCCUGCGCAGUCUGUGCGACCCUCAGCAGGCCAAGAAAUGGCUGUCACUGGCAGAGUCCUACCAGGCCGUGGGCACAUAUGCCCAGACUGAGCUGGGUCACGGGACACAUCUCAGGGGGCUGGAGACCACAGCGACGUACGAUCCAGCCACACAGGAGUUUGUCCUGAACAGUCCGACCGUCAGCUCCAUCAAAUGGUGGCCCGGAGGACUUGGGAAGACCUCCAACCAUGCCAUCGUCUUAGCCCAGCUCUACAGUCUGGGAAACUGCCACGGCCUGCAUGCUUUCAUCGUUCCCAUCCGCGACAUGACCACCCAUGAGCCUCUGCCAGGUAUUGUUGUUGGUGAUAUUGGCCCCAAGUUUGGCUUUAAUGAGGUUGAUAAUGGAUUCCUGAAAUUGGAGAACGUGAGAAUUCCUCGAGAGAAUAUGUUGAUGAAGUAUUCCAAGGUGGAGCCAGAUGGGACCUAUGUGAAGCCACCCAGCUCCAAGCUGACCUAUGGCACCAUGGUGUUUGUCCGCUCAAUGAUUGUAGGCGAGUCGGCUCGGGCCCUCUCCAAGUCCUGCACCAUCGCCAUACGCUACAGCGUCGUCCGCCACCAGUCUGAGAUCCGGCCGGGGGAGCCAGAGCCUCAGAUCCUGGACUAUCAGACGCAGCAGUACAAGCUCUUCCCUCUGCUGGCCAUGGCCUAUGCUUUCACGUUUGUGGGCCAGUAUAUGACCGAGAUAUACCACCGUAUCUCUGAAGACAUCAACCGGGGCGACUUCAGCCAGCUGCCAGAGCUCCACGCCCUCUCUGCUGGUCUUAAGGCCUUCACCACUUGGGAAGCCAACUCUGCUAUCGAAGUAUGCCGCAUGUCAUGCGGUGGCCACGGUUACUCCCGUAGCAGCGCCUUGCCAGACAUUUACGUGGAGUUUACACCCACCUGCACCUAUGAGGGCGAGAACACGGUCAUGAUGCUGCAGACUGCAAGGUACCUGGUGAAGAGCUACCGGCAGGCCAGAGCAGGCCAGCAGCUGAGCGGCAUCGUGUCCUACCUGAAUGAGUCACGGGACAGGAGGGUGCAGCCUCAGGCCGUCGCCGCCAGACCCCCCGUGGUGGACAUCAAUGACCUGAGCAGCCUGGUGGAGAUCUACAAGCAGCGAGCUGCCAUUCUGGUUGAGAUGGCAGCCAGAAGCAUCCAGCAGGAGCUGCAGCACAGGAAGUCCCAGGAGGACGCCUGGAACAACAGCGCCAUCGACCUGGUCAGAGCCUCUGAUGCCCACUGUCACUAUGUUGUGGUGAAAGUCUUCCAUGACAAGCUGAAAGGAGUCGGCGACACAGCGAUACACUCUGUGCUGUCCACCCUGGCUCUGCUCUACGCCAUGCAUGGAAUCACAAGGAACUCUGGAGACUUCCUGCAGGCUGCACUGCUGAGUGUCCCCCAGGUCCUGCAGAUUUCAGUUCGUGUGAAAGAGCUUCUCUCUCAGCUGCGACCCAACGCCGUGGCGCUGGUCGACGCCUUCGACAUCCACGACAAGAAGCUGAAUUCAGUCCUGGGCCGUUAUGACGGAAACGUCUAUGAGAAUAUGUUCGAGUGGGCUCGCCGUUCACCUCUUAAUGCCACAGAGGUCCAUGAAUCCUUCCAGAAGUACCUGAAGCCCCUGCGAUCCAAGCUGUAAGCUAAUGAAAGGAGCUCCACUAAUGACUGGGACCCUCCAACUCUGCCCGAAUCUCCCCUCUAAUAACCUGCAGUAUCAACCCUAUGAUGGUUUCCUCUGCUUAUCAGCGCGUUUUUCACCUUAAUUGCAGCACUCCGUCCACUUCUGGUUUAACAAACACAUCUGCUACAGCUUUGGUAGACGGCUGAUAAGUCUGGAGUGUUAUGGAAGCUCAGCAGAGCGAUAAAUAAGAUUGACGGAGGAAUAAAUUAAUCUCUCUUUAACAGAAUAAAUAAAGAUUGAAGCCAAGUGGAUAGAUUUAAAAACAGAAAGCAAACCGCUUCACUGUUUUUUAUUAAAAUAAUAAAUGCUUCAUGAAAUUCUGGGUGUACUAGUAAGAAAAUACUGAAGCUUUUCCCCAUUUCCCAGAUUCACAUCAGAAAUAUUUCAUAAGUAUUUUUAGUUUUCUCAUGUGGUUAUUUCUAAAUGUCUUUUUCCAAUUAGUGUCAGUCGAUCUAACCUUCCUUCCUCCCUGAACUUCUCCUCCUUUCCUCCUUAAACGGAUCAGUUAAGGUUAUGGGAUGCUUCAGUUAAUAAAAGCUACAAUCAGAGGACAAACAGAACGGCGUGUAGGGAAGUAGACCAAAUUGAUGCACUUUGUAAUUGUAGUUUUUUUUUUUAUUUGUUUUAUUGGAUACUUGCCCUUUUAGCAUUUUUUUUUUUUAUUUGCUUUUCAUUGCACAAUUUUCCUUUUUUCCUGGUGAAAUUUGACCUGUAUAAAAAGCCAGGAACGGAUUUCGGAAAUUUGGGGCCCUAGGCAAAGACAGGCAGGGGGCCCUCUGAAUUGAGAAGACAACGCAUAAAACCCAUUUUUUCCCCUCUCUUCUUGUCCCUUUUCUUCUUGUUUUCCUCUCUAUGUUUUGUAC